UGCAAGGGGUUGAUAAUCGUCGUGGCAUUGGCUUGGGAAGGGACCAUUUGACGCAGGUCAGAGUAGGUAUACAUGGGACACUGGGUGUAUACCUUGCGGAGUGUUUAAUUCGUAUGCGUAGAAGCUCGCCCGAGUGAGGACAGUGUACAUAGCUUGACGAACAUCAAACCUCUUUCUGGAGCAGUUGGUCUGAGCCAUGUCUUCUCAUCAGGCUUAUAUUGCCGGGCAAGUAACGACUGCCAUAAUGCUCAUGUCAUUACUGAGCUUCUACGAGCUCUACCUGGGCUACUACAAGGACAUCAUGUAUUUUUGUCAGCUUUGCAUUGGCCCAUGGCUGGGUUGUUGGCUGUGCGCCGAGAUUACUACUGUGAAGCAUGACCAUGAUAUAGGUCUAGCAACAUGAUCUAAUAAUCUAAAAUUGAGUGCCUUAUAUCUCAGACGAUAAAGCAGAAUUUGAACUCUACACCAUUCGGCUUGGAGAGGAUAUCAA